AUGUUCCCCUGCAAGCCCAUGCGCACCCACCCGUCGGGUUUGUACGUCUUUCCCCCCUUUUCCGUCUUGCUUCGAUGUUCUUUCUUCUCCCCCUUGGCUUAUUUUGUUAUUUCUUCUAGCGAUGAAAACGUGAAUUUGGUGACAUCUGGCCGCAUCCCUACCUUUCACCUUUCCUUGCAAGUCUCAAUCUACGGCUUAUUGAGACUUUCUUUCUUUCGUUUCUCUUCCGUUUUAAAUAUUCUUCUGUGUUUUUUCGGUAUAUUUUUUCUUUCACAUUGUGUAUUUCUUAUGUGUGUGUUUUGUUUCAUCUUCUUUUUUAUUUCUUUUUAUGUUCUUUUUUCUCUUUUUUCUUAUUUUUUCAUGCCUUUUUAUCUUCUUUUUCAUCACUUUUUCUUUCUUUUUCAUCUCAUUCCUUGUUCGUUUUUCCUUUCUUUAACAAUAUUUUCUUUUUCCUCUUCAGCUUUUUUUUUUUAUCUCGUUGUCCUUUCUUUCUUUUUAUCUCUUUUUUUAUGUUUUUUCUUUCUUUUUAUGUUUUUCAUUCUUUUUUUUAUGUUUUGUCUUUGUUUUCAUCGCAUUUUUUAUGUUUUUUUCUUUCUUUUUAUCUCUUUUUCUUUCUUUCUUUUAUCGCUUAUCAGUUUUCCUAUUUUCUUUUACAAUCUCUUCUUUUCACUUUAUAUCGCCUUUUCUCUUUUUCUUUCUUUUUUUGUCUCUUUUUAUUUUAUUUUUAACCGCAUUUCUUUCUUUCUUUUUAUCACUCAUCUCUUUUUCGCUUUUUUUAGAAACUCUUCUUUUUCCUUUUUAUCUCUUUCUUUCUUUCUUUCUUUCUUUCUUUCUUUCUUUCUUUCUAAACUCUGUCAGCUCCUGGCUGUAAAAUGUAGUAUUUCUUUCUUUCUUUCUUUUUUUCUUUCUUUCUUUUUCUUUCUUUAUGCUUUUCUUCUCUUUUUCGUUUUUUCUUUCUUUUACAAUCUUCUUUUCUCUUUUUGUUUUUUUUUUCUUUAUUUCUUUUUAUUUUUUAUCUUGUUUCUUUCUUGUUUCUUUUCAUCGCUUUUUCUUCUUUUUAUGCAAUACUUUUCCUUUCUAUCACCUUUUCUUUCUUUUUCAUUUAUUUUUUCUCUCCUUUCAAUCAACGUAUUCUUUCUUUCUUACUUCGAAUCUUUCUUUUCGAUUCUUAGAUUCUUCCUGAAAUUCCCCAUUCUGACCAAUGCUCAGUGUCUUUCCUCUCACGAUUCCCAGAUCCCUUUUCUUCUCUUUCUUCUUUUCAUUCGCCGUGAGUCCUUCCUUGCAGAUAGCGUUGACAGCGCCAUUUCCUUCCCUUAUCAGCCAACUCUUCCCUCCCCUCACCAUUUUUCAUUUGCUUUUUAUUGUCUUUGUCUCUUUAUUCAAUUGUUUAACCAUAUUAUCUAUCUAUCUAUCUAUCUAUCUAUCUAUCUAUCUAUCUAUGAUUCUGCUGUUAUCUAUCUAUCUAUCUAUCUAUCUAUCUAUCUAUCUAUCUAUCUAUCUAUCUAUCGUAGGCUGUUACCUAUCUAUCUAUCUAUCUAUCUAAACAGGUUUAUUAUCGAUCUAAGGAUGUUUAAUAUCUAUCUCACACUGCUCAUAUCUAUCUAUCUAUCUAUCUAUCUAUCUAUCUAUCUAUCGUUUAUUAUCUAUCUAAGGAUGUUUAAUAUCUAUCUAUCUAUCUAUCUAUCUAUCUAUCUAUCUAUCUGA